UUUCAUGUGCUAAGUAUUAGGUGGAUGUUUUUGCAGGGGAAAAAAGGUGUCUGGAUUAAAAUGCCUAUUGAGCUUGUAAAUCUUGUUGAGCCGGCUGUUAAGGAAGGAUUUUAUUAUCACCAUGCUGAAGCUAAAUACAUAAUGCUUGUGCAUUGGCUUCCUAGUAUUGCUAAUACUCUGCCAGCCAGUGCCUCACAUCGAGUCGGUAUCGGUGCUUUCGUCGUGAAUGAAAAGAACGAGGUUCUAGUUGUCCAGGAAAAGAGUGGAACCUUCGGUGGAACGGGUGUCUGGAAGUUCCCAACAGGAGUUGUUGAUGAGGGUGAAGAUAUAUGUGAUGCCGCAGUAAGAGAAGUAAAAGAAGAGACAGGAAUCGAUUCAAAAUUUGUAGAAAUACUGGCAUUCAGACAGAGCCACAAGUCAUUCUUUGAUAAGUCAGAUUUGUUCUUCGUGUGCAUGAUGCAACCACUCUCCUUUGACAUCAAGCCCCAGGAAGCAGAGAUAGAGGCAGCACAGUGGAUGCCAUACGAAGAAUAUGCGACCCAACCAUUUGUUCAAAAACACGAGCUUCUUAGGUAUAUUGCUGAUGUAUGCAGAACAAAGAAAGAUGGAGGGUAUUCUGGAUUCUCCGCGGUGCCUACAGUAACUAGUUUUUCUAAGAAGAAAAGCUUUUUGUAUGUAAACAGGCAAGAUGUAGAUUCGUAAGAUUUGUUUGUACUCGACACAUUAUUGAAUGACAGAUUUGCAAAAUAAAGGACUUCCUAUAAGUCUGGAGGUUCUCAAAUUGUAUAGACACAAACUUUUAAGGAUAUCUUGAAUGUAAGGAGACGAGUCUCAUAUGAAAUAUUGAUUAAUGUUAUCUAGACUCACGAGUUGUGAUAUCAAUUUGC